GUGCCCGCUCAUUCUCGUAUCCGCCGCCGGGGCCUUCACACCGCCUUCCUUAAACCCGAGACGCCCUUCACGUCUCCCAGCGCGGCGUGCGUGCCCCCGGACGCCUCGCCCAUGGCUCGCCGGGCCAGCCGUCCAGGGCCGCUACCAUGAGGCACUGCAUUAACUGCUGCAUCCAGCUGUUCCCCGACGACGCGCACAGACAGCGGGCCGGCGGCCGCGAGGGCCCCCGCCCGGGUCGCCAGGAGGGCCCCGCGUGCCAGGGAGAAGACAAGAUCGUGUUCUGCGUGGACGGGAAGCAGAUGAACUUGCUCGCCGUCCUCGAAGUGCGGGCCGAGGGGAGCGAGAGCUGGGGCGGGCUUCUGCGCUUCCGGAAGGGGAAGCGAUGCAGCCUGGUCUUCGGACUGAUAAUCAUGACCUUGGUGACAGCCUCUUACAUCCUUUCGGGGGCCCACCAGGAGCUGCUGAUCGCCUCGCCGUUCCGUUACGGACCCUUCCCCAGCAACCCCGGCUGGGUGGACGGUGAGAGCCCGGCCGAGGCCAGGGAGCCGCACCACCAGCCCCCGGUCAGCAACAUCUCCUACGUGAAGGACUACCCGAGCGUGAGGCUGAUCAUCAGCAGCAUCGCUGCCCGCAUCGAGUUCACCACCAGGCAGCUCCCGGACGCAGACGACCUCAGGAAGCAGGAGUCGCACAUGUUCUCAGUGAUCCCGAGCAAAUUCCUCCCGAGCAGCAAGAACCCGUGCUGGUACGAGGAGUUCGCGGGCCGGAACACCAGCGACCCCUACCUGACCAACUCCUACGCCCUGUACUCCAAGCGCUUCCGCUCCACCUUCGACGCACUGCGCAAGGCCUUCUGGCGCCACCUGGCCCACGCCGGGGGCAGGCACUACCGCCUGCGCUGCCUGCCCGGCUUCUACAUCAUCGGGCAGCCCAAGUGCGGCACCACCGACCUGUACGACCGCCUGCGGCUGCACCCCGAGGUGAAGUUCUCCGCCAUCAAGGAGCCACACUGGUGGACAAGGAAGCGCUUCGGAAUCGUUCGCCUGCGAGACGGGCUGCGGGACCGCUACCCCGUGGAGGACUACCUGGACCUCUUCGACCUGGCCGCGCACCAGAUCCACCAAGGGCUGCAGGCCGGCUCCGCCCAGGGGCACGGCAAGAUGAGUAGAAUCAUGAUCGGGGAGGCCAGCGCCUCCACCAUGUGGGACAACAACGCCUGGACCUUCUUCUACGACAACAGCUCGGACGGCGAGCCCCCCUUCCUGACGCAGGACUUCAUCCACGCCUUCCAGCCGGACGCAAAGCUGAUCGUCAUGCUCAGGGACCCCGUGGAGAGGCUGUACUCCGACUAUCUCUACUUCGCCAGUUCGAACAAGUCUGCGGAUGACUUCCACGACAAAGUGACGGAGGCCCUGCAGCUGUUCGAGAACUGCAUGCUCGACUACUCCUUGCGCGCCUGUGUCUACAACAACACCCUCAGCAACGCCCUGCCCGUGCGGCUGCAGGUCGGCCUCUACGCCGUGUACCUCCUGGACUGGCUCACCGUCUUCAGGAAGGAGCAGUUCCUGGUCCUCCGCCUGGAAGACCACGCCUCGGACGUCAAGCACACCAUGCACCGGGUCUUCCAGUUUCUCAGUCUCGGGCCCUUGAGCGAGAAGCAGGAGGCCCUGAUGACCAAGAGCCCCGCGUCCAACGCCCGGCGGCCCGAGGACCGCAGCCUGGGGCCCAUGUGGCCGGUCACGCAGAGGAUCCUGCGGGACUUCUACGAGCCUUUCAACGCCCGGCUGGCGCAGGUCCUGGCCGACGAGGCCUUCACCUGGAGGGAGACGUGAGGCCCGGCCCCCGCCGCCGGCCCGGGGCCUGCGGCUUCGCUGUCACCGUCGUUUGAAAGCCUCCCUCUGAGGGGAGCCACCGUACUCAGAGCCAGGAGGGAACCCCGAGAUUCGAGGCUUCCUUCCCUCCCAGGCUCGUGUGGAUUGGGACCUUCCAGAAUUUCCUUUGCGACGUCUAACAGCCCGCACCGGCCCUUCGCCACGCUCCUCCGCCCUGGGCCGCCGGGAGCCCCCCUGCUGGACGGACCGCCUUCUGUUCCCAGCCCUGCCUGCCCGGGGCCCCUGCUCCUGGGGUGAGGCUGGAGGGGACCCCUGGGGCCUGGCACUCGACUGCUCUGGGGUCCGGCCGAGCACACUCGAGGUCAUGCUGUGGGGCCCGCUAGCUCUCCCCCAUCACAUCCAGUUCCGGAACAUUCUGUGGCUCCCUACCCGCCUGGCAGAGAUGGAGGUGUUCUCAUCCCCCCGCCCCCCUUCACCCCACAGUCAGCCCUUCGUCCCUUCAGAGACGAACCCCGUGGCCUCUCGGACCGCCCUCCACUCUGUUCUCCUGGACUUGGGUCUAACACAGAGGGUGAGACAGGCAGCGCGCCAGCCGGAGCUCCCCUCCUGCCUCUUU